UCAAGGUCUGUAAGAAAGACAUGAGAUUCCAUUGCCCAAAUGAUUAAUUUCAUUUAGAAGUUCAAAAGUCAAAGAGAAUUCAAGUUCAGUUCAGCCAUGGCCGGAAGUGAGGAAGAGGUGAAGCUUUUCGGAUCUGUGGGAAGCCCAUUUGUGAUCAGGGUUCAGAUUGCUCUCAAAUUGAAGGGAGUUGAAUAUAAUUACCAGGAAGAAACCUUGGGCAGCUUGAGUGAUACGCUCCUCAAAUUCAACCCAGUUUACAAGAUGGUUCCUGUGUUUCUUCACAAAGGGAAACCUAUUUCAGAGUCCCUUGUGAUCCUGGAGUACAUCGAUGAGACAUGGAAACACAACCCCAUCUUGCCUUCUGACCCUUACCAGAGAGCCAUGGCCAGAUUCUGGUCCAAGUUCAUAGAUGAUAAGUGCGUUGCUCCUGCUUGGAAAUCUGCUUUUAUGAUUGAUGAGAAGGAGCGUGAAAAGGCUGCUGAGGAAUUAUUUGAGGCUCUGCAGUUUCUUGAGAAUGAGCUGAAGGACAAGAAGUUCUUUGGAGGAGAGGAGUUUGGCUUUGUGGAUAUCGCUGCUCUUUUCAUACCUUUAUUUAAAGAAGUGGCUGAGUUCAAGUUGUUCACAAGUGACCAAUUUCCAAAGCUAUACAAAUGGAGCCAAGAAUUUUAUAACCAUCCAGUUGUGAAGGAAAAUAUGCCUUCUAAAGACCAACUUUUUGGUUAUUUCAAAGCUCGCUCCGCAACCCUUGCUGCCUCAAGAAAAUAGAUUGAGUUAAUUAUUGCUUUUGAAUUUCACUUUAGAAUGAAAUUUUAAUCUAUUAUUAUGUAUUUCUCCUGAACUUUUUUUUUGGUUGAAUCUAUUUCUCCUGACAUAAGAAUAAGGUGUCGGUACUAAUGGGUGGUUGGUUCAAGUGGUA